AUGAAAGGAGUAAUCACUUUAUUCAGACAGGACAGGGAAAAAAAAAUGGCGCUAGAAUCGAUAGCUUCUCUCUCCGAUCUCCUCUCGUCUCUUGUCUCGGCGAAACCACCACCGUCUCCGUCGAGUCUGAAACCUAUCGCGCUUCUUCCGUCUUCCGUGUCCGCGAAAUCAUCAUCAUUGCAGUGCUUGGCGAUGACGACGAGGGUUUUAACGGCCGGUAACGAUGACGUCAGCAACCGCGUGGCGUAUCCUUCGCUGGCGAAUGCGAAUCUCGUCUUUUUCAAGUCUGGUUACUACAACGUCGAGGUGGUGCCUAAAGAAGGCGAAUCGGAGGAGCAGCUGGUGAAUGAUUUCAAGAGGUCGUGUUUUAGAGCUGGUGUGUUGCAGGAAUCUCGAAGACGACGGUUCUUUGAGAGCUCUCAGGAGAAGAAGAAGCGUAAGACUAAAGAAGCUGCUAAGAAGUAUCGGAAAAGGAGACCAAUCCCUAAACCAAAGCCACAAUCAACUUCAGAAACUCACAAGAGCAGGAAUGUAUCCAGAGAAGACGAAGAAGACGAUCACUGGGAACUUCCUCCUGAGGAUAUUGAGAUUCCAUAUACCAACCGGUCUUAGAUGUGAACAAUCUUGUAAAGCCACUCUCUUGUCUUGUGUAGGUCUGCACAUUCCUCCUUUUGAUGUUCUUAGCUUUGGUCCUUAGAAAAACUUAACAUUGCGCGGUGUAGGAGUGAAGAUGAAUGAUUUUGGAGUUGUUCCUGUAACGUUGAACUAAAUGCAGAUGAAUCUAUAACUCGA